UCUCUUCUUCCUCCUCCCACCCUCCCUCCCCGGCUCCUCUUCUUCCCACAAAUUUUCCUCGAAAUUUCGUGGCCGCCUCCUGUUCGUUCCGUGUAGACGAACGGGGGAGUGAUUGCUCGGCGGCAGGAGGAAGGAGCCUGCCUCGAGCGGUUGGCCGGAGGCCAAUUUUGAUGCGUGGCCUCCUCGAGGUCCACGCGAUUGGCAGGGACGCCGCGUCGACGAGCUCAUCGAGACUGAAGGCCGUUCCCGCAUUGGACAUGAUGAGGUACCAAAGGCUCAGCCCGGACUGCCUCCCGCUCGCCAACGGUGGCGGCAGCGGCGGCGUCGCACGCAAGCCGGCCUCGAGAUCCUUCAGAGACGACGAAGGCCCGGCGGCCGCAACCGACGGUUCCCGACUGGCCUCGUACCUCGCCGCCUCCCAGGCGGACUCCAAGGCGCCGGUGCGGGCACGUGCGCCGCAGCCGCCGUCGUCGUCGGCCGCGCGGAGCCCAGCGCGGGACCACGGCCAGCACCACCCCUCAGACUCCUCCGACACGGCCUCCCCGAGCUCCACCGGCGCGGGCACAGGCGCGGUCGGCGGCGACGUGCUGCUGCAGUGGGGGCACAACAAGCGGUCCCGCUGCCGGCGCGACUCCUCCGCGGCGUCCUCGUCGGCGUCGCCGUCCUCGCAGCGUCGGCAGGCCCUGGGCAACGGCAAGAUCCAGCGGCGCGCGUCGGCGCCGGCGCCGGCGGAGAAGCUGAUGCCCCCUCCUCCGGCCACGAUCACGCGGGGGUCCAACCUGAGGUCCUCGUCGUCCUUCCCGCCGCGCGCCGCCGGAGCAGACGCCAACCACCAGCCUCCCCACCACAGCAGGUCCGUUGAGGAGCGAUCGGGCGGCGUGCACAAGCGGUCGUCGCCCGACAAGGCGCCGCACCACAAGCCCCCCGCCGCGGAGCAUCACAUGGAUUCCAAGAACGCCCACCACCACCACCACAACAACCACGACUCGCAGCUGGCGUCCGCCGCCAACGGCAACGGCACGGGCGCCGGCGAGAAGCUGGGCGGGGAGCGGCUGGAGCUUCCCCGGAUCUACAUCUCGCUGUCCCGCAAGGAGAAGGAGGACGACUUCCUGGUGAUGAAGGGCACCAAGCUGCCCCAGAGGCCCAAGAAGCGGGCCAAGAACGUGGACAAGUCGCUCCAAUUCGUGUUUCCAGGGAUGUGGCUCUCGGAUUUGACCAAGGGCCGGUAUGAGGUGCGAGAGAAGAAAUGUGUCAAGAAGAGGCGAAGAGGGCUGAAAGGGAUGGAGAGCAUGGACAGCGACUCGGAGUGAAGAGCGCAGAGGAAAGGAGACGAGACGGCCAAGGAAGAAGAUGGGGAUGUCAUGUGUGGAGCGAGGCGUGUUAGGAGAAAACAAAACCGGUAGAGAGAGCUUAGCCCAAAGGAAUGGACGCGACAUUUGUAAAUGGAGACGGAGGAGGCUUGGCCGGUGGCAAGAGCUCGCGUGCCUACGUGCUCGCCUUGCAGACGAAUGAUGAUGAUGCCUCCCUAGGCUGUUUUUUCCUUUUGCGGAGCCUUUGGUUCGAAAAUCUCGUUUUGGGGGGCGUCACUGAGCUCCUUUUUUUUGAGGGAAAGGGGGCGUCACUGAGCUCGAGUGUUUGCGUUU